AUGUGGGACCUAAUUCGGCUGAGCACUCAACCAGUACGUGUGCUGGUUCGACCAUCCGGGGAGGACCUUGCUUGGACUGCAGAGCGACCGCCUUCCCACCAGGAGGAGGAGUCGCGAGAAGGCGACUGCCUGCAGCGGGGCGAGGAGAAGUUUAAGGACGAGCUUUGCAAAGAGCUGUCGCGCUGGCUUGGAUGGGGUGCUUGCGCCUUCAGCUCGUGGGAGGAUACCUGUCGCCGCAUCGCGGAGGCACCUUCGAGCUUGGUCCGGCACUUGAAUAGCACCCUCUUCGCGCCCGCCGAGGUCGCGUGCCAGGUCGUGAACGUCGAACCGACAUGCCUUCAUGGCCUGCAUGGUGAUGAGGUGGCGGACAUCACCUGGUGGAAGCGCUUCCUUACCAGUUACAUUGAAUCGAACUACGACCACAGCGGUCGUGCGACCAGCACCACCACGGCCAAUGCUGACCCAGUUUUAGCACAGAACCUGGGCAGGCCGCCGAGCCUGUCGGUUUUCUUGCUGUCGGCUACCCAAGGACCGCUACAAAAGCAGUCCAUGACGGUGCAGGCUGAAGUCGAGCGACUCCAGAUAGAGGCCGACCAGCGCGGGGAUGUCUACUUGGUUUUGUUAGAUCAGCGGUACAACUGUCAGCAGCAAGACCCGCCUCACGGGCGGUUAACGUGGAGGAGCUGCAGUGUACUGAUUUGGAUGGAGAUGGGCCUCAAAGCCUUCAUAACGGCUCAACUAUCACUGACCUGGUCGGCUGAUGGAACGGUCGAGAUCACAGCAACGAGCUUGGCUGGAGCUAGCAUGUCGUGCUGGAAGGGCCAUCCCAGCCAGGAGACUUUUGCCGGAUUGCAA